AUGCACCUGCCAAAUGCUGCACAGGUGUCGAUGUCAACCUCGAGUUGCCUUGCGAAACGUGUCUUUAAGAGAAAAAUUCACGUAGUUCGCUUUGAAAUUCACCCUACUAAAUGGCAUUCGAAAUUGUUUCGUGUGAUACACUUGUUUAAAACAGAAAACACACAAAACAUUCAACUUAUAAUGAUCCAAAGCGAAGAUCGGGAAAUCGAUCGUGCACUGGAACUCUGUAAGCUAAUACAGAGUGAUCUGCUCAGUUGUGUUGGGAUUGUGCAGCGAUUGGAUCGCAAAUAUAAUGAGCCGGAUCGCUAUAGAAUUGAUGUGAAACCAUUUCAUUUGGAUCCCAAACACGUCCGACAGAACAACUCAUCCACACUGUCGAAUCUCUGUCUGGCCCGAUCCUCGAAUGUCUCGAUGUCGAUGCUCAGUCUGGCCAGUUGUGCCAGCGUUAAGGUCGAGGGACGCAGCUCCCAUGAGCUGAAUGCCAUCUUUGUUGACUUGAAGAGUAAGUGCAUCAAAUUGAGGCGCGAAUUGGAGGCAACGGCGGCGCAUGCGCAACGCAUUACGGAUUGCAGCUUGCGGCAGGAACGUGUGCAACAUCGGAUGCUCCGAGAUGCGCAGACAUCGAAAACGUUAAUAUGCAAGCAUUGGGGCAACAAUUUGAAUCCACGAACUAGUUCCAAGCGAAUGUUUCGAUUGAAAGACUAAAGCGCAAGAUCACAAAAGAACAUACAAAGCAAACAGAAAAGAAUAGAAAGAAAGAAAAAAAAGCAUACGAGAAAAGUGAAGCAGUUCAAAGGAACCGUUUUGAAAAUUUGAGUGUUAUUAACGUUUUUGGUGUUGUAACGUUUGUAACCUGACUUCAUUCCCCUUUUCACCUCACACACACACACACACACACACUCACACACACACACACAUUAUUCCUUUACUACCCCCCAAUCCCCCUUUACCCCCCACCAAAGUCGAAUUAUUUCUAAAGACCAGUGAAAACGUAUCUCCUGGCACUUUUUAGAUUUUAUUAAAAAUUACUGUCACCAUUAAGUGAGCGUCAACUUUGGCCAACUUACCAAAAACUCAUUGGACUUGACAUGAAAAUGAGGCAAACUUUUCUCACAUCGCCUGUCUCGAGAGAGAGUGACAACAUGAUGGCCGGCCCGAGGGAAAGUGAACCGGGAAAACAACUCGCGACAUGUAACAAGCACAAGUUUUACGUUUUUCACAACGGCAACAACAAAUUCUAAUGAUGAUGAUCAACGAGAAGAAGAACAACAACUAUGCUACAUGUUUAUGGCCCCGACAAUGGAGAACUCACACAAAUACCGACUGAGACCGAGACUGAGAUGAAAUAUGAAGAAAAACAUGAGAAAUUGCCAGCACAAAGUUGAGAUAAUGUAAUGCAAAAGUGGCCAAGGCCCAGGACGUAACUUUUGUAUAACAUUCCCAACUUAGUUCAUUUUACUUCCUCCUUUUCCUCUAUUUUUUAACACACCUCACCAUUAAAAAUGAAAUUCUGUA